AGUCUGAAAUACGUUUUGUUUAUAGAAUUUUAUUCCGUUAUUAUUAAAAGUAAUAAAUAUAAAAUACUUACUUUUUCAAAGUGGCAGAAUUUAUCAUCAGUUUUGAUUCACAGUAAACAACGCCCAGUGUUAGCAGAUGGUGUUGACAUUAGUAUCAAAAGACUAUAUAUAGCAUAAAUUAGUGGUUGAUGGUGAGUCGGUUAUAAAGUUUCACUAAUAUGGGAAGUAUUAUUGGCAAGAGCGAAGCUAUGAGUGAUGAAGAAAUAAAAACAUUUGUCACAUCAAAAAUUAAUUCAAAAAAAGUGGUGAUAUUCUCGAAGUCGUACUGUCCUUACUGUAAGAACGCGAAGAAAAUUUUUCUUAAAUACAAUAUGUUUCCCGAGUUUCUAGAUAUAACUGACAUAGAAAAUAGAGAGGACUGUCAGAAAAUCCAGUCGUAUCUUCGAGAAAUUACUGGCGCAAGCAGUGUUCCAAGAGUAUUCAUUAAUGGAAAGUGUAUUGGUGGUGCUGAUGAAACUGAAGCCUUAAAUAUGUCAGGACAGCUUGAGAUUUUGUUAAGGGAUUGCGGAGCAAUAAAUUAGUGAUGAUGACUUCACUUGAUUGCCUCUCAUUGUACCCUUUAAUUUAUUAAUCUGUUAAUGAUGUUUUCAUGCUGAAGAUGGUUUGUUUAUUUAGUUUUAAAAAAAUCUUUGUUUGUAUUGUGAGAUGCCAUAAAAUUACUAUUUAACACAAACAUAUUUAUUUGUGAAAACAAAAGUGCCAUUAGUGAUGACGACUUCACUUGAUUGCCUCUCAUUGUAAUAUUGUUGUACCCUUUAAUUUAUUAAUCUGUUAAUGAUGUUUUCAUACUGAAGAUGGUUUGUUUAUUUAGUUUUAAAAAAAUCUUUGUUUGUAUUGUGAGAUGCCAUAAAAUUACUAUUUAACACAAACAUUUAUUUGUGAAAACAAAAGUGCCAAAGUUUCAUGCCUCUUAUUUGGAAGUUUUUUGCUAUCUGUACAUUUUACUAGUUUUGUGAUUAGAUGGUGUCCAACAUUUUUAUUAUCGUCUUUUUUUUUUGGAAGGAGAAAAUUUAGAAGGUUUAAUUUUGGCUUGCCUUAAAUCUGUACAAGUGUUUGAGAUGAAAUAGAAUUAACUCUGACGAAACCAAGUAGUCUAUCCAAGUCACCUGAUAGGGUCCAAUUUAGGCUAAAAUUCCUAUUGUUAAAAGUUGCUUUCACAAAAACAAUCAAAGAAAAAAUAGUAGCUUUCCAAAAGAUGUAUAAAAUAUGUAUUUUCUUAAUAUUAAGGGGAAAUGAUACUAUCAGACUCAUCUUUCAAGUAAAAACUUAAAUAGAAAAAGUGGUAUGAAAAAAGAAAAACAAUGUGGAGCCUCAAAAUUCAUCGACACAAUUUUAACAAAUAAAAAAGCUCAGAUUAUUAGUAGAAAGAAGAGUGCUUAGUUCAGUCCUUUUACUGAUAGAAAAUUGUAUUAUUUUUUUUGUAAUACUAAAACAACUCUUUCAAUUAGAAUAAUUAAUGCUUACUUAUGUUGAUAGGGUUAAGUUAACAAUGGGUGCUAACACAAAGUUUUGCUCGCCAGUUUUCUUGUAUGUAGUGCACUUCUCAUAUCUCAAGUCCCUUACUGAAAAACAAGCUUAAUAUUCACAAAACUGACUUAAUUGGUUGACAAUAACAGAUAAACUAACAAA